CCGGGAGGAGGUUCUGGUCCUGCAGGACUGGGCCGGGUCAGCGGGGAUGGAGGUGAUCCCUCUGGUGCAGACGUUCGGUCACAUGGAGUUCGUCCUGAAGCAUCCGCAGAUGCUCCGCCUCCGGGAGGCGCCGCACUGCCUGGGCACUCUCAACCCCCACCAGGAGGAGGCGCCGCAGGUGGUGCUGGAGAUGCUGCGGCAGGUGGUGGAGCUGCAUCCGGGAGUGAAGACGCUGCACAUCGGAGCGGACGAGGUUUACCUGCUCGGCGAGGGGGAGGAGUCCGGCAGGUGGCUGGCCUCUCCUGGACGGAGCGUGGAGCAGCUUUUUCUCGAUCAUGUGACCAAGGUGGCUAAGGCCGUGAAGGAGGCGUGGCCUGAUAUGACCAUCAUCAUGUGGGACGACAUGAUGAGAGGGAUGAGCCCCGAAACCCUGAAAGCCUGCGGCCUGGUGGGGCUGGUGGAGCCGAUGCUGUGGGACUACAACCCCAACCUGGAGGUGGAGCCGACCGUAUCGUUGCUGGAGAAGUACAGCAGUGCAGGUCUGUCCGACCUGUGGGCCGCCAGCUCCUUCAAAGGCUCCACCGCCGUCGACACGUGCGUGACGUGCACGCAGAGGCACGUGGACAACCACUUACAGUGGCUGCAGGUGGCUGCGUCUGUGUCUGCUGCUGUCAACCUGAAAGGCAUCGCCAUCACAGGCUGGCAAAGGUACGACCACCUGUCGGUGCUCUGCGAGCUGAUGCCCGUGGCUCUGCCGUCUCUGGCGUCCUGUCUGCAGACUCUCAUCCACGGUCAGUUCAGCCACGAGGCCGCCAGCAGGGUGAAGGAGCUGCUGGGAGUUUCCUCGGUGGAGGUGGAGGCCAUGGACAGGACCGCUGCAGACGACUCGCGGUUUCCAGGAAGGAGGCUGGCCGAGGCCAUCGUGGAGAUCAACUUCCUACUGAACUCGGAGGACCUGAGAUCCUUUGAAAACAGCAUGUUUGUGCGAGGAUGGUUCAGCCCAUUCCAGCGCCGCAGGAAGAUGGCGAACCCGCUGAUGUGCAUGCAGAUCCACAGCCAAGCGUCCACGUUUGUGGCAGCGCUGCAGCAGAAAGCCGCUGCAGUCAGAGACGAGAUGCUUCGGCUGUACCCCGAGUCCACAGCCCAGGAGUGGAUGGAGGAACACGUCAGCCCCGUGAUGGCGCCGAUCCAGCGGAUAAUGGAGGAGAUCAGUGACUGUAUGAAGACGCAGUGACCGAGCAGCAGACGGGUUCUGCUCAAACACGGAGACGGACUGGACUUCUGCACAACUUUAUUGAAUGUAAAACAAUAAAAUCUUAAAAACAA